AUUCAGUGCAGACUGCACUGUGGUCAAUAUUGUACAAACUACAAACUGUUGACUUUUUUAAACAAAGCUACUAAGAGCAUCCCCAUCAGCAUCCCCAUACCGAUACUUUCCCUAUAAUUUGGGGAAAAUUAUAGGGUUUUCUCCAAUUUGGCUCCUCCAUCCCAUUCCCUAAAAUGGGGUUUGGGUUUCCGGUUUGCACAGUAAAUCCCCAUAUUUGUUGCUCGACUGUACAUCCCCAAAUUUGAUUUUCUCUCUCUUGUCCCGCGGUUCUUGCUCUGGACAGUUGGGUGCUGUUGCGAUUUCACCUCCUCCCUCGCCAUCCGAGCAGUCUUCGAGCGAUUGUAAGUGAUUUUCUUCCCUUUCGGUUUCCUCCAUGGCCGGAUUCUCACAUUCUCUCUUGCAUACCUUGAGUUUCGGCAUCUGAAAAUUGUUGGGCUUUGUUUCAAUCGGGAUCCUCCAUGGUUGGCCACCGAGGGACUGCAUUAUCAUUUCUGAGAAAUUCACUCGGUUCCCUCCAUGGUUGCAUGUAUUUGGAGACCAAUUAUUGCGAAAAAUAUAGAUUAAAUUGCCAUGUAUACAGUCUGAAAACCCUAGCUAUUCUUGAUGUCCCCGAUUGAGUUUGGAUUUGGGUUACUCUGAAAUUGUUGCUUCGAUUUGGGUUGCUCUGAUUUUGUUGUUUCGGUUAUGGUUGCUCUGAAUUUGUAAGUUAUGAUUACCAUUGCUAUGAGAUUACAUAUGGGGAUGGGGAUCUGUUGAAGGACCGAAAUGGUUGUUGGACUUUGGGGCUGAAAUUUUUUCUGCAAUAGCUAGGAAUUUUCUGCUCAAAAACACUGCAAUACGUAUGAAUUUUUUGGCAAAAAAUGUUUCUGUAGUUGUAUAUUUCAGCUCUGGGUUUGGCAAGUUGAUAAAUCUUCAACUUGUAUUGGCAUUGUACUGAGUUUUGUGGUGGAACUGCACUGAGAUUUUCUGUGAUGAAUAAUAUGACUUUAUGCCGUGCAAUAUUAGCUGCUUUUUUAGUAUUUGAUAUCUCAUUUAGGUGUACCAAGUAGGGUGAGAUUGUUAAAAAAAUAUCUAUCUAUUGGGGGCUGGAUAUCUAAAUCUUAUUCUUGCACAUAUGUACUUACACAUUGCCAUCUCUUUUCUGUAUGUCUACUCAGUCCAUAUGUUUUGGUUGAUUGUACUAUUCUAUAUAUACUUCUAAUGGGUUGGUCUGUGCAGACCCAUUGUAGUUGUGACAAUAUGGAGCUUUAUGUUUUUGAACUUAGUUGUAAUGGAUGGUUGAAAUGAGACUUGGUUGUUGAUUGUUGGUUUUAAAGCUGUUGGUUUUGAAUGCCAUUUUUAUGGGUUGGUCUGUGCAGACCCAUAUUGGUAUGAUAUUUUGCCAUUUUGAAGUUAAACUCUCUCUUGUCCGAAUUGUCACAUUUCUCCUUCAAAAUAGAUUGCAACUUUAACGUGCUCUAAAUAUUAAAGAAUAUUUAUUGUGCUAAACUAUUAGAAUCUGAGUUAUUUGUCCCCCCUUUCAUGCAAUCUUCGUUUCCUUUAUUAUGUCAUAACUUGGACUAUUUAAUUGGAUGCAUGGUUUACUCUUGUGAUUAGUUUAAGCAUGUGAUAUGCUGGAUGCACAUGCAGUGAUAUUCAUGGAUUAAUAUCAACAUACUAUAUUCGGAUUCAACAUUCUAUUUGUGGAAAUGGUAAACCAUAUUUUAUUGUGGGGUCCACUAGCAUCUAGCAUAUAUUCUCUUUUUAUUGCCAAUCUAAUGAUCAUGUAGGAAAUUUUUACAUGCAGUGGGGUCCUUGCUUAAUAUCAAAUAUACCUAAGAGCUAACUGUUAUAUCAUAUUAUACAUUAUUAAAAACAUUAUUUUUUCACAAAAGUUCAUGCAAGUGUUAAUUAGGCUGUGAUUAACAUCAUUUUGGGUCCAUUGCAGUGUCUCGGAUCUGUGGGGGAAGGGGGAGUAUUAUUAGGCAAUGAUGAUGGUGCUUAGUUGUUGUUGUUUCACAAGUGUUAAUGGGGUCCCAUCAAUAUGGCGGGGUAAUCCCCACCCAGAUGGACAUAUUGCAGUUUGUGGUACUUUCCACAAAAGGCAAUCGGGGUUUGGGUGGGGUUUUGCAGCCAUUUGAUGUUUGGCAACUUUGUUACGCAUGCUGUCAAUAUUUACACCAUACUGAGCCACAUUUAUAAAUAUAUAUCCACAUAUUAUUUAGAUCCGGAUGGGGAUGCUCUUAUUUCUUGAAUUCUUAUGAUUUGCAUGUUGUUUGGUUGUUGUUUUCUUGUUAUGUUGUAAUACAAUUGGCUUGUGGUAACUAAUCGAACUCGGCUGUGAUGAUGUUUUCGACUUGGCACGCAUUCCGGAAAUUUGUUGGCACCUCAAUGGCUAGGUAACCCGGACGGCCAUCAAGUAGUGGCAACCGAACGUUGCAGCCAUGAGUGGGUGGCCAAAUUUCCAUUAUGUCACCAAUCGGUUUCUGAGCCAAUGACCCCGACCCCCACCCCGACCCCAAACUUGUUGGUUCUAACAUUUAAACAUUUUUGAAGAGAUGGAUUCACAAGACCAUGGACAUAUGUACUUCACCAACCUCCUUAGCCAAGAUCCUCAACUCGACCCCACUUCCGGUGGGCAAAGUGGAUCCUCCCCUAUGACUCUUGGUGACUCUCCACCCCUACCCCCUAAUGAGCCUAUCGGCAUUAGGAAAUCAGUCAGGGGUGCGAACUUCACCCCUGAAGAAGACAAGUUACUUGUCUCUGCAUGGCUAAAUUGUAGCCUUGAUGCCGUCCAAGGAACGGAUCAAAAACACUCCCAACUUUGGGAAAAAAUCUUUGAGUACUUUCAGCAAUAUAAGGAAACCACAAAUGAGCGGACAAUAAAGUCUCUAAUACAUCGGUGGUCAGUUAUUCAAAAGGCCACAAAUAAAUUUUGUGCGAAACUAGCUCAGAUUGAAGGGUUAAAUCAAAGUGGCAUGACCGACCAAGACAAGUUUGACAAGGCGAAGAUUAUGUACCAGUCGUUAGAAAAAUGCACCUUUCAGUUCGAGCAUUGUUGGCACCUAUUGAAGGACCAACCUAAGUGGAUUUGGCGCGCCACAAAGGAGGAUCCAAAGCGAAGGAAGACGAUGUCCCCAUCCCCGACCCCGACCCCGACUCGAUGUUCCGCGGCUACGGAGGAUUCAGUUUUUGAUCUCGAGACAGAGACAGUGAUAGAGAAUGAGGUUAUCGAAUUGGACCGGCCAAUGGGAAGAAAAGCUGAAAAAGGAAAACGAAAGGCCCAAGGCAGGCAAGCUGAGGAAAAUUUCCAACUCAGAAAGAUGAAGUAUACUAUGUUAGAGGAGUCACGCGCUCAGGAGAAAGAGUUUUAUCGCCUGAAGGCCGAGAAGAUGGAGUAUGACAAGGAGAAAGAGGAAAAAAAAUUGCGGCUUGAAGAUGAAAGACUGAGGUUGGAGGCAGAGAAGAUUAAAAUUGAAGCUGCAAAAGAGCAAAGUAAAAUCCGUCAAGAGGACGAAAGGCUGAGGUUGGAGGCUGAGAAAGUGGAGCUUGCGAAGAAGGAAUCAGAUCAGCGCAUUAUGAUGAUGGAUGUGAGUGUCAUGCCAGAAAUGCAGCGGCUAUAUUUCGAGCAACUCCAGAGGGAAAUCAUCAUGAGACGAAGUCAUGCCCAAGGACCGGAUUGAUUUUAUAUUUAUGUAUUUGAUAUUUAUUUAGUUUCGGACAAUGAUAUAUGUGUAAAAAGUAAAAUUGAACAUUUUUUGUACUUAUGAUUAGUGAAAGCACCAAUGA